GGACCAAUGAGGUGGUUCGGGCCCUGCCAUACAUGGUUAUCGGAUGAAAAAGAACAGCACAAAGUUUACAGCUCAUGAAACUCUCAAAAUGAAUGGGACAGCUUAUUCCAACUUUGACAAUCAAGAACAUGUCUUGAAAUUAGGAGAGACAUUUGAGAAACACCCUAAAAGUGCCUACCAUACAGUGCGAUAUGACUUCAAACCAGCCUCCAUUGACACAACGUGUGAAGGGGAACUUGAAGUGGGCAAAGGAGAACAAGUCACGAUUACUUUGCCCAAUUUAGAGGGUUCAAGUGCUCCUGUAACAGUCUUCAAGGGAUCCAAGAGGCCGUACAUGAAAGAGUGCAUCCUCAUUGUGAACCAUGACACAGGAGAGUACAGACUGGAAAAACUCAACAGCAAUAUUGCUGUGAAGAAGACCAGGGCUGAGGGCAGCAGUAAGAUCCAUUCUCGCUUGGAGCAACAGACCAGUCGCCUGAGUCAGCAAAUGAGGAAUAACAACAACAGCAGCAGCAACAAGUCCUCAGCCAGCUCCAAGAGUUCUCCACCCAAAGAGAAGACGUCCCCAGCGUCCCCCAUGGAUGACAUCGAGAGAGAGUUGAUGGCAGAGGCGCGGGUCAUGGCCCAGCUGAGCAGCGGUGACAGCUCCUCGGACUCCAACAGCUCCUCGUCCUCAAGCAGCGAUGACAGCUCCAGUAGCAGUGACUCGGAAGAUGAACUGACUUCUGCACCAACCAUGGCUAUGGGCAGCCACAGCAUGCCCAUAAUCAGCACCAGCGCCGAUAACAACAUUCGCCACCAAGAGAGUGGAGGAGGACUCAUGAACACGCUCAAGAAUGACCUCCAGCUGAGUGAAUCAGGCAGUGAAAGUGAUGACUGAACAACGUGAGGACGUCUGGCUGCCUGUUGAAGAUUUUCAGUGAGGACUAAAGGAAUCUGGUACAGACGUGUCACUGUCUUCUCUAUAUAUCCACAAUCCUGCUAGCAAAUAUAAUUUGUUGGUUCUCUGCCAAAAAAGAAGUCAUAUUUUAUGUCAAGUUUUUGCUUCAUGAUCUUUAUUUUCUGUGUGUGAAGACUGCACGUUAAAGAGAUGCCUUAGUUCACAGAUAUGUGAUGUGGUUGGUGUAAGAGAAGCAGGAAAUUAUGGCAAACUCUCUGUAAUAUUUCAUCACUGGAAUGCAAAUGUGUGGUUAAACUGACCGAGCAUAUCAGCAUAUCAGAGGCCGCUGGAGUUUCUUCAUUUCAGCUUAGCAAUUUAAGAUCUUUGGUUGUGCCUUAGGUCAUGGUUAAUGGCCUCAGUUAAGGUGAUUUAAUUUCUGGCUGGAGAUGUUAAUCUGUCAUAAAACAAAUUAAACUUUUUCAGGAUGAGCCACGGUGAUAUGACAGCUUUCGUCUCAUAGAGUUAUUGUAAAGUUGACUGUAGAAGCUUUAUGUUUGGUUACUGAAAACCAGCUGCGGUAUAACAAAAUGUUUUCAUUUAUAGCUGCUUUAAUUAUUAUUAUUAUAUAUAUAUUUUUUAGGCCACUUUGGGGGUAGUGGAACAAGCUUAAAAACAUGACAUUUGUAUAUUAUCUCCUUAGAAAUUUGUGGUAGCAAACAGUUACUGGUUGUAGGCCAAAAAGUCAGGUGAUAAUUAUUUGUAGCUUAUUAAGUACAAGAGACCCCUUUCGCAUUGCAUCCAGUCAUGUUAUUAAUUAUGAAUAAACAAAUAUUGAUUACUGCAGCUUUCUCUUAAACCUUGUUUGUGACAUUUCAGUACAGAAGUGGGUCUGACUGCUAGUGAAGUAGCGCACUAGGAUUCAUUUGACUCAGUUAGGGUCAUGCUUUGUAGCUUUAAACCUGCAAUACUUGAAUCUAAUUAUUUAUAUUUCAAAAUAUACUCGACCAAUGGUGAAUUGCUUAAUAUAUUUUCUAUAUAUUGUAAUAGCCAAGCAAUUGGAAGUGCAAGUUAGUAUGAACUGUAUUGCAUAAGAAGUCAGAUGCUUUGAUACUGCACCUCAGUGUGAGUCUUACAAAAUCCAUGUGCCUUUUGUUAUUUGCCUUGAACAGUUAUAACAUAGGCCUUCUUGUUUUGUCACAAGCCCCAUGUCACUGCUGAGCUGUCUCAGCAAACAGGAAGCUGCCGUUUUUGCUCCAGCAUUGCUUUGGCAUCCCAGCUGACUGAGAUGAGCCUUAGCCUUUACAAGACUGGUAGCUUUGGAGCAUCAUUUGUAAACUAUGAGAAAAAUUUCUUUGUAGAAAAAUAAAUUUUUGUGCCACUA